AUGACUCCCUCCAUCAAGAAAGAAACCAUCACCAAGGACAUCGAAGCCGAACCGGUGUGCCAGGAGGUUGAGGAGAGAUGGAACGACUCGGCGCUGGUCAAGCGCUUCAAGCGGAAGGCUGACUUCAUCCUGCUGCCGAUUUUGACCUUUGCAUAUCUCGUCAAUUCCCUCGACCGAAGCAACCUCUCCAAUGCGCAUACGGCCAAUCUUGAAAAAGACCUGGGCCUGGUCGGAAACCAAUACAACCAGGUUCUGACCUACUAUCAGAUCCCCUUCGUUGUGUUUGGACCCUUUGCCACACUAUGCACCAAACGCUUCGGAGCCAAGUGGUCCAUCACCACUAUGCUCCUCGGAUUCGGCAGCGCAUCGCUGGCGACGGGCUGGGUGAAACACUUCCACACCCUGGUCGUCUGCCGCGUGUUUGUCGGUCUCUUUGAAUCUGGGUUCCUGGCAUCCAUUAUCUACUAUCUCUCCAUCUGGUACACCAGGAAGGAACUUGGAACCCGUCUGGGAAUCUUCUAUGCUGCCUUGACCGCCUCGUCUGCCUUUGGCGGCCUGCUGGCAUUUGGCAUGUUCCAGAUCGAUACUGGACAUUACUUCCGCUGGAGCUACCUUUUCUUCCUCGAAGGCGGUUUGACCCUCUGCUGGGCCAUCGUCAUCUUCUUCGCUCUUCCAUCGGAUACACAGUCCGCGUGGUUCUUGAGCGACGCAGAGAAGCAAGUGGCAGUACGCCGUCUCCAAGUGGACUCGGUGCAAAAUCUGGAGCAAAAAUUCAACCUCAAGGAAGCACUGUCCGAAUUCACCACAUUCCAUGGCUACCUUCGCUGUGUGUUGGGUUUCGCAAUCGGCGUCGUCUUGACCUCGAACGCCAACUUUUUGGCGAUGAUUGUGGCCAGACUCGGAUACAGCACAGUCAAGACCAACUUGUAUACGGUUGCUCCCGCAUUGACAGGCGCCGUCUUCCUGGUGGCAUGGUGCAAGUCUUCGGAUUACUUCCGAGAGCGAGGUCUUCACAUUGCUGCGGCCGGUCUGCUCAGCUUGAUCGGCUACGUGAUUCUGGUUUCUAUCGGCACGGACCAAACGGGAGUUUUGUAUUUUGCCAUGUUUAUCUGUACCACGGGGGCAUAUCCUGCAACUCCACUCAACGCCGCUUGGGCUGUCGCCAACAUACCGAAUCUGAACGCCCGUGCUCUCACCAGUGGGCUCAUCAUUGCCUGCGCCAACUGCGGAGGGUUCCUGUCCAGCAACAUCUAUCUCCGAGAAGAAGCACCCAGAUACAUCACGGCUCUCAAUACAAAUAUUGGAAUGUGCAUCACCAUCUUGGUUCUCGCCGGAGGCUAUUCCUGCUGGAUGAGGUGGGAGAACCGCAAGCGGGACAAGGCGCAGAACGUCGUCCGUUCUCAAGCUUAUGUCACUGAGGGUGUUUCAAGCAUGAGGGAUGAAAGCUUCAGAUUCCAGGUGUAA